CACCUGCCUCGACCGUGCAGCAUUACUAUUUCUAAAGCCCAUUCUGUUUAAGCUCCUGAGUGUCUCCUUACUCUGUAUUUGCCCGCUUCACCUCCCUGCCGACGCCCAGCUGCUAAGUACACGUGAAAUGCUAAUCACAUGAUUACAGAUAGCAUCCCACAUGCUAAAUGGCAGUUGUAACUGCCCAGGGGCAUGCUAUUCUUUGUAUUACCUCACAAGCUGUAAUUAGCAAAUAACUGUGUAGCGGUAAUUGAAAGCGUAUGCUGGAAAGGCAUCCCAGGACAACGGUUAGACCCUGGCAUCCAGUUUGCGUUUCUCUUCGCCACAGCUUCUUGUGCCUUGCCAGUGUUCACGUCCAUCUCUUCGGACCUCAAGGUUAGCAACUGUACGAGAAGUUCGUAAUCUGUAACUCCCCGGAAGGGAUAAGUACAGGAGGUAAACGAAGCGGGAGAUACACCAAACUUCACUUGUAUACAUUGUCAUCGCUUGCUACCUCGUCUGCUUAGCAUUUCUUAGGCUCGUUGAGCCAUGUCUGCACUACAGAGAAGCUCGCUUAUUUUGCAACUGUUUUCUUGUCUUCGAACUCCGACGCGAAUGGCAUGCAAGCAGUUCGCGACAGCCUCGACGGCACCUUUUGGCAAAGUGGAGCCUGCUUUCCUACUGACUACAUUUCUCGGCCGUCCAUGAACACCGUCUACCUCCGCUGCAAUACGUCCUCUGGCGCAUGUACCGCCUCUGCCGGGACCUCCAACCUCAACCUCACCACCGAUGGCCGGACCGACACGUCCACCACCGUUGCCUUGGCUUCUGGCCGCGCCUGGCUCCGCAUCUCCCUCCCCUCCCCCACCAAUCUGACCCGGCUGGGCUUCCGGGGUGUCUUCCCCGCCGCGCCCACAUCUGACCCCACCGCCCCUACUGUCUGGCUUUCCCUGGAGCUCUCCAAUGGCUCGCUUGUUCCGGCGCUGGCGCUCAACGGCAGCUCCUCCUACAAGUUCAUGGCCCUGACCGGCAGCUGGCCCGACGUCGCGGCGCUGGUGGUGGCGGCCAAUGCCAGCUUCACGGUGACGGAGCUGGCCGCACAGCCGGGCGGGGCGGCGGGCGGGUGCUACGAGAGCGCCAUGGUGGACAUGGGGGCGCUGGUGGACGUAGGCUCUGUGCGCGUGCGCUACUACAGCUCCACCUCCCAGGCCGCCUGGCUGCUCGCCUCCCAGGACGGCUCCUCCUGGGCCGAGCUGCUGCCGGGCGGACUCGACCUCAGCAAGACAGGGGCGGUGUGGGUCACGCCGCCAGCAGCUGUCAGGGCUCGCUAUUUGAUGGUGAAGCAUCAGCUGGUAGAGAAGGACUGGAACAAGGCGUCCAUCUGGGGUAUCGAUGCCUAUACGCCGGCACCGCCCCCACCAUCGCCCUCGCCGCCUCCGCCGCCAUCACCACUACGUCCCAAUCCACCAUCGCCAGCCCCCUCGCCACCACCGCCAUCACCCCCGCCACCCUCCCCACCGCUCCUACCUCCUACCCCACCUCCUUCCCCUCCGUCGCCUCCCUCUCCACCUGCCCCGCCCCCAUGGGAUGUGUACGCUGGUGCCGUGCAGUCCUACACCUAUGGGGCCACGGUGAUUGUGUCGUCCAACUUCGACCAGGCCGCCAUCCCUAACAUCGUGGACAGCAACGAUAACACCCAGUGGCAGAGCGACGCCUGCCACCCGACUGGCUACACCUCCCGCCCCGCCAUGAACCCCCUGCUGCGCCUCUGCAACUCCUCCGCCUCCGCCUGCACCGCCUCGCCCGCCUCCGCCAACCUGCCCGCAGCCACCGACACCAGCGUCUACACAUCGGCCGCCAUCGAGCCGGACGCAAGCAAGCCAGCAAACGCAUCGGACGCAGCCUUCUUCGCCAUCAAGCUCCCGGACGGCCCCAUGACGGUCCUGUCACUCAGCGUCAAGGGGUGGUAUGGCCUGUCAGGCGGAGCCCGCGCUAACACCACAGCCGUUUACGUUGUGAUGCAGCCACCCGGUCAGGCUGCUCAGAAUGUUCUAGUCGACAUCCUGCAAAAAGGCGUCGACGAUUACAACUGGGUGCACGUGCGGGGCCCCUGGAGCAACGUGGUUUCGGUGCGGCUGGAGAGCUCUUCCCGGUUCAUGCUGACCGAGGUGGCGGUGCAGGUGACCUCCUGCGUGGAGGAGGCGGUGGUGGACAUGGGGGCGGUCAGGGCGGUGGGGGUGCUGCGCUUCAAGUACUGGUCGAUGGACGCCAUCAACUCCAGCCUGGCGGUGUCGGCGGACAACGUGACGUGGGACGUCCUGCGGGAUGGCAUGGACCCCACCAUCGUGUCUGCCAUCGAGCUCUACCUGCCCAGCAUGAUAAACAUCCGCUACAUCCGCAUCCGCCACAACGUGAAGGAGGAUGCGGACUGGCGCAAGGUGUACGUGUUCGGCAUUGACGCAUACGACCAGUACGGCCGCUGGGGGCACCCGCCGGACCCGCAGCCGCACCCCUCCUCGCUGAGGGCCAUGCUGGGGGUCAACGGCAUCUGGGGCUGGGGCUUCAACCAGUUCUCAAAGGACUUGCACAAGCAGGGCAAGGGCCCCGGCAUGUACACUGCGAUCGCGUCCUGGGGCCGCAACUACCACAACCUGCACUGGGACGUCAGGUCGCCCCUCAACAACCCCAAGUACGACACCAUGACCAAGACAGGCACGGACAAGUUCUGGUGGCUAAACUGGGAUAAUGAGUACGUGGGCUGGAAGGCGGCGGGCCUCAAGGUCGACGCUUCCAUACAGUUCACAUGGGAUGUGUUUCCCCAAUCCAUGUGGGGCACCAACGUCACCAACACCACCUACUGGCUGGGUUAUGCGUUUGGCAAGCACUUUGGUCCGGGGCACGCUCCAGCCAAUGUCAGCCUGGAUGCCGUGGAGGUGGGCAACGAGCCAUGGACCGGCUACAACGCCAGCUUCUAUCGUGAGGUUCUUCGUGGCUAUGCCCGCGGCAUCAAGGAUGCGGACCCGACCUUCACACUGCUCACAUGCGCGCUGCAGGCUCAAAACCCGAUGGACUCGGGCAACUACAUAGGCGCCCGCCUGCCCCAGGACGUGGCGCCCCUGGUUGACGUGCUCAACACGCACACCUACUCCUGGUACCGCGAGCUGAACGGAACCUACCUGGGGGUGCACCCGGAGCAUCCAGGCACCACCAUGAACUCCCUGAACAACUUCCUGGCGUGGCGCACUGCCAACAUGCCCGGCACCCCCGUGUGGGUGACUGAGUGGGGCUGGGACGCGCACCUGCCCGGGGAGGUGUGCGACACCACGCUGUGUGUCAGCCAGCACGCGCAGGCGCUGUACGCCAUCCGCGGCCUGCUCAUCAUGGCGCGAAAGGGGGUUCAGCAGGCCAUCUGGUUCUUCUACGCCAACGGAGACGAAGGCAGCGGUGUGUUCACCCGUAGCGGCCUGCGUGGCAGCAACUCGACCCACUUCCCCACGCUGCCCGUGUACUCUGCGCUGAGCUCGUUCCUGCAGCUGGCCGGCUCCUCCGGCUUCCUGGGGCUGGCGGCGGAGCGCACCGACCUGUACGCCUACCUGCUGGGGCCGCCCAAGCAGCCGGACGGCAGCGCGUCCACCGCAGCCGCCGCAACGCACCUGGUGGCCUGGAGGCCCGUGGGCGCGGGAGAGGGGCCGGACGAGCCCGCAGCGGCCGCCAACCUGACCCUGGCCCGGACCCCACUGCAGGCGUGGGUGCUCAGCGGGCAGGGCGCCACCCUGGUGACCAACCUGAGCUCCGUGCUGAGCCUGACGGGGGACAGCAGCUGGAGCAUACAGGUGUCAGCAAUACCGCUGCUGAUACUGCUGCAGUAGGGUGGCAGCAACUCCGUGCAGAGCAAUGCUGCGGCUGCAUGUGCCCUCCAUGCGAUGUGUGAUGCAAUAUAGACCUGAUGCACUGAAAAAUUGAAGGGUAGCAUGCUUAGCACUGGCGGAAAAAAGCGUUCCACAUUCAUUCCCACGGAAUUGCGAUAAAGCCCUCAGGGCCCGUGGUGUCCCAUGUUAAGUUAGUCGUCUGGAUGCAUAUGCGCCUCCAUUUUUAGUCGACUGACUCAUUGAUGUGUCGGGCAGGUACUUACCGUGCCCCAGACCUACUAGCUCUCGUCACUUGGUAGCUCCGGGGUUUCUGCAGUUGCUGGGUAUCAGGCAACUGCUAGCUAGCACGCCUGUGUCUAGUAUGGAGUGUGCAUAGACCCCCGGGGUGACAUGCCCCAGUCGGCCAUUCAUGUUGAAGCGCCCAUUCAUCAUGAAACCCGUCAUCAGCUUUGCAGACAUUGAGGCUCGCCAGAAAGAUACCAUGACACCAUCGUCGUUCCGGUAAUGUGUGUUUUGUCGCACACACUCCAGUGCCAGAGGAGUCGCACCCCUCAUCAACUUACACCGCCUGGGACCUGGCCUGCGGGCCCAGACUCCGAACAGCGUCUAAGAGACCCAACUCUGUAACUAACCAAGUUUGCUACCUAGCCGAUACCUCACCCUACCCUCUCCGGGGAACAACAGGAGAGGGGGG